GCUAUUGAAGAACAAGCAGUUUUCGCAGCGAAUACAGUGCCCUGUGGGUUAGUGGACAAUGGCGGAACCUGUCGCCAACACCCAACUCUCUCCCUCUAAAACCCUAGAUUCAACCAACGGUCAUGAUUCUACUAUGGAACCGAAUCAAAUGCUUCCACAAGACGCUCAACUCAAUCAAGAAAACGACGGCGUCGUUUCGACGGGGAAACGGAGUAGGGAAGACGACGACGGCGAGGAGCGUUCGCUUCAUCCCAUGUGGAAGACCAGCCUCUGCUCCUACUACAGGAGCCACAACAACACAUGCAACCACGGUGACACGUGCCGCUACGCGCACGGCGAGGAGGAACUGCGCCCUCGCCCCGAUAACACGUGGGACCCGACCUCCGAGCGCGCGAAGAAGGCAUUGAAGACGGAGACGGACGAAAAGUGCGCCGCCUCGGAGGACGUGAUGAUGACGGAGGCUGUUGUCGACGGCGACGAUAUCGAUUCCAAUCACGCGUUUAGCAAAUGCUUGGUGCAUUUGCCGCGUAGGUGGUGUUCCGAGGAUUUGAGGAAUUUUCUCAGCCAGCAGGGUAUAGCUUUUAAGUAUGCUAAGAAAAAGAACGGCAUGAUGAUUGGUUUUGUUACUUUUGAAGAUGAAGAACAAUUGAAGAGUUCAUCAAAGGAUUUAGAAGGAAAAACAAUUGGCAACAAAACGGUAAAGGUUGCUGAUGUAUUAAACACAAAUAACGACAAAUUGACUGGUGAUGGUUCUGUGGGUAAGACAAGAAAUUUGCGUGAUGUAGUGACUCCUCUGGCUCACAUUCCCUAUGCUGAUCAAUUGGAGCAGAAAAAAACCUCUCUCAUGCAGAUUCUCAAAAAGCUUACUAGAAAUGCUCGCAAAGCUUGUCCAGAUGGGGUUUCUCUUCCUGAGUGGAUUCUCAAUUCUAGGGAAAUAGGUGGUCUUCCGUGUAAACUAGAAGGUAUUAUUGCAUCUCCAAUUGUAGAUGGAUACCGGAACAAGUGUGAAUUCUCUGUUGGAUAUUCUCUGAAAGGCAAUGUGACUGUAGGUUUUAUGCUGGGAAACUUCAGGGAGGGUGUAACAGCAGUUGAGGAAGCAACCGAGUGCCCAAAUGUUUCAACGAUUGCUAGCAAAUAUGUUACAAUGUUUCAGGAAUUUCUGCAGCACAGUGAUUUACCAGUUUGGAACAGAUUUAAAAAUACUGGAUUUUGGCGUCAAUUGACGGUCCGAGAAGGGAGAACAAAUGGAAAUACUGAUCAUGCUGAAACUUUUGGAGGCAUUGCAGAGGUCAUGCUUAUUGUGCAGGUUUCUACUGCAAACUUUGAUGAUGCAUUAGUAGCUGCUGAAUUUAAGAGGCUUGCUCUGGCAUUUGUUGCUGGAGCUACUUCGCAUUGUCCAACAUUACCCCUCACGGCUCUGUUUGUUCAGGAUCACCAAGGAAUAUCCAAUGUGGCACCCGCUGAUGCACCACUGCAUUUGCUACCACUUCCUAAAGCAGGUGGGGAUCCUGAGAUAGAUGAAAACAACAAUGCCAUGGAUGUGAGAAUCCAUGAUUAUAUCAACAAUCUCCGGUUCUCUAUAUCUCCAACUGCAUUUUUCCAGGUAAACACUCUUGCUGCUGAGAAGUUGUACUCACUUGCUGGAGAUUGGGCAUGCUUAGGUCCUGAUACACUGCUUUUUGAUAUAUGCUGUGGGACAGGAACAAUUGGCCUGACAUUAGCACAUCGAGUUGGUAUGGUGGUUGGAAUUGAAAUGAAUGCUUCUGCAGUGUCUGAUGCCCAUAGGAACGCCGAGAUUAAUGGCAUAAAAAACAUUAGAUUUAUAUGUUCAAAGGCAGAGGACGUGAUGGGAUCUCUGUUAAGGGAAUACCUCAAUAUGACUAAGAAGCAAGAUGAUUCUAAUACCCCUAAAAGUGGCUAUGACAUUCCUGAGGAUAGUGCCUGCCCAGAGGCUGAAAAUGGAGAAAUGGCAUCUCCCUGUCCAGAAAAUAACAAUGGAGAAGUUAGAAGUGAAGUUCAGAAGGAUAGCACUUCUGAACAAGUUGACGGGAUAUCUGAGCAGGCAGAGAACGUGACAGGAUCUCAGUUAAGGGAUGAUGUAAAUGUGCCUAAGGAACAAAGUGACGAUGCAAAUGUCUGUGGAGGUGGCAAUGACAUUCCUGGGGAUAGUACCUGCCCAUGCCCUCAAACCAGUGAUAUGACAUCUCGUUCAGAAAACAACAAUGCAGAAGUUGUAAGUGAAGUUCAGAAUGGUAAUUCUUCUGAAAAUGGCAACACUUCCAUGCAACAGUUCAAAAAUGUUGUUGCCAUUGUUGAUCCUCCACGUGCUGGACUUCAUCCAACUGUAAUCAAAGCUUUGAGAACUCAUCCACGCUUGCGGAGGCUUGUUUAUAUAUCCUGCAAUCCUGAAACUCUGGUGGCAAAUGCUAUUGAGCUUUGUACGCCAUCCCCGGCAAAAAUUCAGAAAGGUAAUAAAGACAACAGAGGAUGGAGAAACAUGAGCAGUGCUGGUCUAGCACGGCACAGAGCCAAGUCUAUGCCCAUCUCAGAGGCCUUCCAUCCCGUAAAGGCUAUGGCUGUUGAUCUUUUUCCACAUACUCCACACUGUGAAUUGGUUAUGCUUCUUGAGAGGUAGAGUGUGGACCAGAAACCCAAAGUCUCGUUUAAUGCUAGGCUCACAAUUUUAUUUUUUAUACUGCUUUUUUUUGGCGGUGGAAUUAGUGCGUAUUCUGACUUGCAAACAGAAUUAUGUUCAGGCAUGACUUCGGAUAUUCAGCUGUUACGUUAUUUCCUUUUCUUAUCAUGAAGUAUUAUGUGUCUUGUCUUUUUCUUA